AUGGAUCCAAUUGACGGCCAACGACCGCAGUUGAAGACUGCUCAGACAGAUGACUUUGACCACCGUUAUGGAACUAUCGAUGACAUCUCCAUGGAGGAGCACACGGCCAUCCUCCAAGCAAUGUCCCUGGAAACCCCUGCAGGAGCAGGGUUAGUUCAGUCUCCGACAAGUAUCUCAAGUGAAUCUAGCUACCACACCUCUUACUUGACAGCCGGUUCCUCCACACCUGGCACUCCAAUAAGCCCCACCAGUCCAACAAGUGAGAAACCCAAAGCUGGUCAGAUGUUCAAAACAGCCAUGCAAGACGUCCGACACUUUGCCGGAGGUCUCAUCAGCCAUCCGUACGAAUCAACGAAACAUUAUUCGAUCUUGCGUCAUUCUCACGGCCUAGUCUACUACACUGGUUCCUCUACCAACCUUGCAAUCACGAUAUUCUCCGACAGAGAUCUUCCCCCAGACAGGACAUUAUGGCUGCAACGCAAGGGAUUUUCUGGCAAGACCGGAUUGAAGAUCGGAGGACUACUCGGUGCUCGAAGCACAUGGGUAGAUGUAACUCCUACUGUCAAAGCCACUCCAGAUCAGCUGACCCCGACCGAUGAGCGGGCAUGGCAACGGGACAUCAAGAAAUUCUUGAAGAAAGCCCCGAAAGACAUUCGAUCCCAUCGCGUACGGGAAACCGACAUCCUCCGCAUCCCUUGUGGAGCGGAUGAUGGCUACCUGAGGGUGGUGUUGUGCUCCGCUGAGGGAAAGAAAGUUCUAUGUGGAAGCCCAAUCUUCCGCCUGGCUUCUUCGUCGACGGAUGGUAGUUCCAUCAGAGGUGCAUCCCUGAUGACCAUGCCGUUAGAAGUCGGCAUUAAGAUUGCCUCGGUGGUCGCCAACAACACAGUCACUGCAACCCUGAGCCCAGUCACAGAUACUGCGAGGACUUUCGUCUCCAGCAAAGUCUCGCAAGUUUACCAGCCGAGUGCGGUGGUGCAACAGGCAAUGACCACUGCAUACGACUCCAGCGGUAUCCAGGAUCGCAUCGACAAUGCCAACGAACAGUACGAACAGACAAGGGAUACCUCUUUCAACUCCAACUCCAUCCAAAAAGCCCCCUACGAUGCUCUGUCUCGCCCCGACAUUAUCGGAGAAGAAUCAGGCCCAGAGCCUCCCUUCCCAGUCCGGUUCCGCGGCAAGGUCGUCCCUGGCAGCGGGUCCAGCAAAGCACAACUGAACAUGCCAACGGCGAACCUCUCUGGCGUCGCAGAGGACAUCCUCCUGCGGCACCGCGGAGUCUACUUCGGCUGGGCCGCCGUGGAUCUACCCAGCAAACAGGCUGCCGAGAAAGAAGUCCCCAACGACGGUUGGCAUCAAGCAAUAAUCUUCAUCUCGCCGGAUCCGAGAGCAAGGCGAACCGUGGUUCGGAGGAACAUGGUACGUGUGUACUUGAUUCACGACUUCAAGGGGCAGAUGUUCUUCGACGCGAAACUGUCGGUCCUGAUGAUGGGCUUUCUCCGCCGCGACGCGGAGGACGACGACGAGGCGCAAAGUACUCCCGAUCCCGACGCCCAGCUCUUCGACUUCUACAAAGACAUCGCCGUGACUUCCACGAGCCUGUCGCGCUCGCGCUCGAACUGGCAGGCCGACGCGACCCUCGAGCGCAUCAGGUCUGCUGCAUCGGCGAGAUCGCUGAGUGAGCGAUACGUCGACUUCAGACAGAACACGCAGCGGCAGGUGGAUCGUGUUCCGGUGCACUUAUUGGGUGUUCGCACUGAUGGUGCGGUUUUGAAGGAUAAGCUGGCGGGGACCGGUGGUGUUUUUGUCCCGAGAACGGGCCACGAGGGUUUGGCGUUGGUGCAUGCCGGGACCGUGUGA